CAACUCUAGUAGUCACGCACUUGCAGGACUUCAGGAGUCCUGAAGAGCGGAGUCUGGGCAAUCCUCACCAGCAUACCCUUUCUUUUUAACUCACCUGGGUGCGAUAAGCAGGUGUGGGCUUGCCUUCCCAAUUCUUGCUUUAUCACUGGUGUAGAUCAGCUGAUUGGAGAGCCAGAGCUUGGUCAACACUGGGACCUUUUAUCACAGCCUUUGCUUAGCACGCCUUUUCCUCAACCACUAGUGACGGUAAUAUUUGCGGAAAAGGGAUCAAAACAGGACUGAGAGGAAAACGAAUGAGGAUUCGCAAGAAGUUGGUUGUAAAUUCUCUGGAAAAACUCGACAGGCAUCCUCAUUUCUGCUGCACACCCAGCAAAGGGAGUGUCACAUGUGAGUGUGCCUAUGCCAGCGCGUGAGCAUGCAAGUAACUUCAUCAGGACAGCAACAAACCCGGGAACCUCUUAACCCCUUGGUCAGGCCCUGGCUCUAAGAUGGUGCGACUCAGCUGGCGCGUGCUAACAACUGGAGAUAACAACACUCAGGGGCACACAUGGUCGUGAACAACAACCGCUGAUUUGCUGAGACUGAAAAGAACCGUAGGGUAAUUUGGAAACCUCUCUCCACCCUGUCAUGCACCACUGAGGAACAUAACAGAAAAAGGGGACUGUGCACAGAGAAGUGUGCGCCGCGGAAGGGCGGUGAUUUUCCUGAUUGCUGGAUUGCUUAAUUACCCCUUUGGGUUUGGGAAUCACGCCUGGAGUUUUAAGGCACAAAGGAGGACAAGAAAGGAGAAGAUGAUUUAAGUUUUUGCGGCAGAGAGAUGAAGUGAAGGAGGAGGCUGUGUGGGUCAGAGUCAUGAUGUGGAAGUGCGCUAAGCAAAUGGAAAGCAAAGCGGGAUAUGGCUGAAUGUCCUGCUGGAACUAAUUCAGUGCUUAUUGUUGAAUCUGAAGAGUCUGAAACAGUUUAGUAAGUGUGAAUAUCUGGACAACCCACCGACCUAAAGAUUUACGGCUGGGGAUUUAUUUAUUUUUUUGCUCAGUUUUAAAGAAGACCUCUCUGAGGGACAAUGAGAGGAGACAGGAGAUCCGCAUCAUUCCGAAAGGAGAAACCGGCGGGCCUUUCCCGGGCUCUCAGCUGGCUCAACGUGUCCAACCUCUCCCGCCAGAGCAGACGCGUCUUCCAGAGCCAAAACGAGCUCAACGUGGUUCACAGCCGCCACCCGUACUCUCAGUCUCACAGUCACCUUCACACCUCAGACGGAGACGAGCGUGAGGACGACGAUAACUGGGUGUACCGGCCUCAACACAAAAUAGCGGUGUCUAACCUGGAUGAGGAGAGCAAGUGGACGGUUCACUACACAGCUCCGUGGCACCAGCAGGAGAACGUCUUCCUACCGGGAAGCAGGCCGCCCUGCGUAGAAGACCUCCACCGCCAGGCCAAAGUCAACCUCAAAACUGCCCUGCGAGAAUGUGACAAGUUGAGGAAAGAUGGUUUCCGGAGCUCCCAGUACUACUCUCAGGGUCCCACCUUCUCUGACCCCAUUCAGUCCACCAGCAGCCUGCAGGAUGACGGGGAUGAUGAAAAUGAUAAGAAGUCCACCGCUUCAUCGCUGGAGGAUGACAAAUCUCAGCUCUCCAUGAGGUCUCAGACGCCACAGGGCAUGGGCGAAGGAGGGGAGGGGUCCGACCCUGACGGACAGGUGGUAUGGAACAAGGCUGCCCUCCUCCCCACCCCAGAGGAGAAGAUGAGGCGGGCAGCUCAGGCCGUACCCACAGACAUAGUUGCCAUCAAUGUCACAGCAAAAGGACACGGCGGAGAUCUCCGGCCACAUUCUAUGUUCCUCCCUGGACAGUACUCCACACUUGGCCGUACUGGGAGUGUCAACUCAACUCUCCGACGUUCGGUGACCAGAGACUCGAGCUGUCAGACAGAAGAAGUAAAGAUCGUGCCCCCGUCCAUGAGAAGAAUUCGAGCACAGAGAGGACAGGGAAUCGCUGCUCAGAUGGCUGGCAUAUCCGCUUCCUCUUCAACAGGAAGUAUAUCCAUCUCCAGCAGCAACAGCUCUGGAAUACUGAUGCUGCCGCAGCAUUUUAAUGGAGACCCGUCGCGUUUUCACAGUCUGCCCCGACAGGGCGCAAGAGUGUCCCUCAGUGCCGAUCCCAUCUAUAGCAGCACGCCCAUCAAGUCAGAGGAACAUCUGCAGAGGCAAAUUGGAAAGCUUCAGGUCGACGAUACUGUGGUACACAUGAGAAACGCCCCGAGGACAGGAACUUUGCCCAGGCCCAAGUCCCAGGAGUUGAAGGGGACACUGUCCAGUGAGUGGGGCGGGGGUCCGGCAUGUGUGGUUUCCCCUCAUGCUGCUUAUUCCACCUCGUUCAUCCCCAAUGCCACCAUGUCCAGUUCUGCUGAGGUUAUUACCCUUAACACCUCGAGCCAGCUCACCCAGUCCCCGGUCUCAGCUUACCCCGCAGCUCGAGCGCUCAGUCUGGCUUCCCCAACUAAUGCUGACCCGCUGAUCUCUAGUCCAGCAGCCUUCACCCACAGCUCCACCUGCCCUGCCUUGGCCACGUCUACUCCUACUCACACAGCACAGGAUAGUGGCCUGAAAGUCAGAGCACCUGCCAGUGAGUCAGGUCACUCUGACAGUAGCACCCACAGCCACAGCACCUUGGCCCCCACUCCACCAUCUUGUCUGCCGGAGGAGAACUGGAUCUACGACACACCAGAAAACGUGGUGGCUCCACACCGCACUCUGACCUCCAGUUGCUCCACUCCAAUCAACCAGCUCUAUGGCAGCCUGGAUCAGUCCUCUAGGACCACUACUGAUUCCAGCUCUCUUUACUCCCAGGACAAUGAUGGAUACUACACCUCUAUGCACCUGGACUCAGGCCUGCGCUCGCGCAGUCACGGUAGCGGGCACGGGGUGGCAGCUGGCCGGGCCACCAGACACAGCAUGUACGAGUGCCGCGAGAUGGCCAAUCAGGAGGACUCUGGAAGCCUGUACAGUGACCGCUCGCUGUCACGCAGCAUCUCCCUACGCAAAUCCAAGAAGCCUCCCCUGCCACCAGCUCGCACGGAUUCUCUCAGACGCAAGCCAGCUGCAAAAAUGCCCCCCGGAGGCGUUAGCGCCAUCAACGGUGCUAAUGGGGAAAGGGGUACGACACUUAAUGAAACUCUAAUUGCAAGCUUGCAGCAGAGCCUGCAGAUGGGGUUGAGAGGAGGGAAGGGAAAGGGUGCGUCGCCAUCAUCAACCUCUCACAGCCCAAGCAGCGAUUAUGAUGACCCUUGGGUCCUCAGGCCGCGCAGUCACAGCAGCAUCAGUGCAGGCAGCUCCGCAGCAUCACUAGCAGCUAACGCAAACUGCGGCGGCGUGUCUAGUGUGUACUCUCUAUGCCAUGUGACACCUGCCCACAGUGACACCAGCAGCCUGCGCUCUGACUACGCCGACUCUUGGGGCUACUACAUGGACUACCCUCGUAACAACUCGGACCAGGGGGAGCAGACACCCCCAGCCCAUGCCGCAGAUAACAUGUCAGUCGGCGUUCACCCAGGAGUCUUACAGAAUGGAGGAGGGAUUCACAAAAGUCAGAUCCCUGGAGCUCCAGGUCAGGAGCGAGAGGUGUCGGCGAAGCCCAAAGCUUCCACCUCCUCCCCAGACCGGGUGCAUAGACUCACCUCGCCAUCUAGUGGCUACUCCAGCCAGUCCAACACUCCCACAGCUGGAACCCCAGUGCCCGCCUUCGCCAGGUCCAUGUCUCCCUCGGGCGGCCGGCCAAAACCCAAAGUCCCCGAGAGGAAGUCCUCUCUCCUCUCAUCAGUUUCCAUGUCCUCCUCUUCUACCUCCCUUUCCUCCAACACUUCAGACUCACUUAAGAGCAACGGUCCUCCUCCUCCACCACCACCUCUCCUCUUCUCCUCCUCCUCAACUCCCAACACCCCUCUCAGCCCACCUCCACCCUUCCCUCCCCCUCUACCACCAAGCUCUAGCACAGCUUCCCUGACUCCUCCACCAGCUCCCCCAUUGCCAACCACUCCCCAGGGAGGUUCUCUAAGCCUGAACUCUACUUGCUCCACCUCCCCGGAAUUCCCUCCACCUCCAUCCCCCGAGAUGCUGAUUCACCCGAGUUCAUCUCCCAAUGGGAGCUUCAGUCCCCCUCCUCCUCCACCACCCCCACCUCCUCCUCCUCCUCUGCUGGCUACUGUUACAGCUUCCUCCUCCCCAUCUUUUAAGAAGGCACUAAAUGAUGCUCCUAAAGAAGCUCCUUCUAACAGUCCCACAAACUCACCUAAGCCCCUCAUCACACCAUUUGCACUUCAGAGCGUUCAGCUUCGUUCAGUCAAGCGACCAGAGAAGGAGAUCACAGAUGACAACAAAGCUGAGAAAACAGGGAUGGACCUCCUUCAGGGGCUAAAGCCUCUGAGCCUGGAUAGCUGUUACUCUCAGGAGCAUCCCACUGUCUUACCCCUUUUGAACAGCUCUCUGGAAGCGGAUUCCCAUUAUUCCUCACCAUCGCCUGUGUCAAAGCUCCUGGAAGAGUUGUCACUGGAUGACAGCAUCACAGAGGACUCACCGGACAUUGCCAUCGUAAAUGGAAAAGCUGAUGAUGAGAGUUACACACUUGUGAAUGGGAAUGAAAAAGAGGAGGCACUAGCAUUGCCCAGUCCCGCACAGAGCCACGAAAGCUCUCCCAUCAAGCAGAAGGCCCCACCCCCAGCAGUCUCCAAGAAGCCCAAAUUUUCCCUUGUCCCACCAGUAAGCCCCCAAACAAUAAAUAAACUGUUUCCAUCUCAGCAGGAAGAGACUAACAUCCCCCAAACAGAAGACCAAGUAGAUUCUCCGCGAAGACAAACAAAAGAAGAGGUGAAAGAGGGGGACGGUGAGCAUCAGGAGGAGAGAGAAGACACUUUAGAGCAUUUAGCAGAGCGCAAAGGAGCAUUCACUGAAACCCGAUACGAGUCUUGUAUCACUACAUCUGUUAGCAAGGAGACGAGUAAUGCCUCUGGGCUUUAUACCAACGGAGAGGCUGAUGAAGAAGAGGAAGAGGACUGUGAUGGGACGAGCAGCACCACAGGGUCCAUCAGCUCCAAGGACGACGAGGCAGGUGACGUCUUUGAAUCCAGUACGGCCGAGUCGUCUCCAGCCCCGUCAGCAAACGGGGCGUCCGAGAAGAGCAUGGUAACCCCGACUCCCACGCGACCCCGAACCACAGAGGACCUCUUCGCCGCCAUUCACAGGUCAAAGCGCAAGGUCCUGGGUCGCAAGGAGUCCGAGGAAGACAAGACCCGGCCUGGGAGCCACUCGCAAUCUCCACCCACCACCCCGACGAGCCUGUCUCCAGGGAUGACGUCGUCGUUGCCCCGUCAGUCGGGAUCCAUCCAGCGCAAUCUCCGCAAGUCCUCAACCAGCAGCGACACCUUCAAGGCACUUCUCCUGAAAAAGGGAAGCCGCUCUGAGACCAGUUUCAGGAUGUCUGCUGCCGAAAUGCUUCGUUCCACUGACCCACGCUCCCAGCGAACGCGCUCCGAAUCGGCGCUGGACUCCCCCACUGCUUCUCCCUCCUCACCGAUGGCCCUGCACAGCCCGGCCGGUUCCCCGGGCCGGGGUAAGAGGGCAGCUGACGAGCGGGGCCGUUAUGAUGUCUUUACCCUGUCCUCGCCGACUUCGUCGCCCUUUUCAAUGGGCGGAUUUAAGUACGGGCGCUCUCGGACGCCGCCCUCAGCUGCCAGCAGCAAGUACAACGCCCGCAGCCGAAUCCUCAGCAGCCCGAUGACAGUAAUCUGCGAGCGGGACGGGGAACUGGCUGAGAGCGAGUACGGAGACACGGCAGAAAGUCUGUCUCAGCCAGCAGCUCAGGCUGUCCCUGUGCUCAAAGACUCCAAUGGCACUUUAUCCGAAGAAAGCAGAAGUUAAAAGAGCAGGAGCCGCCCCUUAGCUUUGGGGAGCUGAACUUAUUCGUUGUAACCAGGCAGGGAGCUGGAAGAGGAGCCCAACACAAGGCCCUCUAGAGACACCUUCCUGAGCUCCACCCCCGCCCCUCUGAGGGAGUGGACAUGUCUGGUCCUGAUGCGGGACCUGGAUGCAGCUCCAUCACGGACCGGACAGAGCGCAGUCUGAAGCAGAGAAGUGGACCUGCUCCAGCUUUUUAAGACUGCCAUGAUUCUCAUUCUUUCCUUCGUUUGGUGAUUCACCUUUUUUUGUUCAAAGAAUAGUGUUUCUUUUAGACCUGGUGUUCCUAGUUUUGUUUGCCUUUUUUUUUUUUUUUUUUUCUAACUUCAUCCCGCAGGAGUCCUUUUAGUUUCACCAAAGGACUAAAAGUUAAGAUGGCAAACUUAAGUGAAUUGAAGGAAUGGAGAAGUCACUGACUGUUCGCUUAACUUUGCUGCUGUGGUGCUACGUAGCUAGGAGAGAGUGGAAUGUAAAAGUGUGCGGGAGGCUCGCCUGUUUUCAGUUUCUGCUUUUCCUCUGCUGGCUGUGGGAAGUGUUUGAGAGCACCGUGGCUUGCAAGUGUCGGCUUCAAACAGCCAAUCAAUAUGUGGAACGGGCGCGAGGACGUGGUACAGCAGGUGGCUCCGCGGUACAACUUCACCUACGGUUACCACUCUUUGAUCGGUGGUUUUAGUUUGCAGAGCUGGUGUGUUCAGGGGUCCAUAGGAAGUGCAGAGGGCUCAGUGCUGCCACCUAGUGACAGGGAACAGUGUGGAAAAAUUGUUGGGGGAUACGAAGGUUCAACCAAAACAUCAAAAUUACUCUCUGAAAAGGCUCAUAAAAGUUAGUUUGUAGAAUUUGCACUGUGCACAGUUUUUUUUUCUUGGUGAAUUAAAAAAAAAUGUUUUAAUAAACCAAUUACAUCAUGUCAUGUCACGUGUUUGGAAGUUAAGUAAGAAAUGAUAACAUUAGAGUAAAAGAAUAUUUUAUUAUCUUUUAGUGAUCGUGUGGGUUACCAAAGAGCUUGAAAAAUGAAACGGAGUUGGACGUGACAGCAAUCCGAUAGUCUGACACCCCCGUGCAUACGCUCCGAGAAGAUCCACCAGACCCUGUGGGGGCAGAUUUCUAAAUAAUUUCUAUAAUGCUGUUGACCUUUCUGUUUAUCCUUUUGCAGUUUUAUAUGGUUCUAUAUGUAAAUAAAUAGAGAAUUGAGUUUUAAGUCACACUUGACCUAUUUUCAAAGACUUUGUACAUUUUUUUUAGAACCCUCUGUUUGCUGAAAGGGAGUGGUUUCCUUUUUCGUAGAUUAUUUAUUUUCACAUAGGAGGGCGUCGGUAUGGUUUAACUGGUCAGAGUCAGCUGACGGGUGGUUGAGGCACAGGAAAGAGAGGUUAGGGGUUAACCAGAGAAAUCAAAAAGCCACAUUUAGCUGGCUGACCCCAGCGAGCCGUUAUUCUGUUAAAGACGCAUCAAAAAGAUUAUAUCAAUUUUAACCAGCCUUUAAUCUGAAGUCAUGCCACACUGGUGCUCACGGCUGAAUAAACGUGGUGACAGUCGUGAGACUUCAUAACCUCCUAACAGCCAUAACAGCCUGUGUGUUAAUCACCUGUGACCAAAUAAUGUGUCUCCCAGAGCCCACCAGGCUGUGAUUGAGCGCUCCUGAAAGCAUCUGUGCUUGUGAAAAGACAGAGAGGACAGAAGAAGUAGUGGGAGUGGAGCUGAAGGCAGGCUGCUAACGCUCUCGUGUAUGUCUGUGUAAUAAAAACAAGGUGAUAUUUAAAGAA